CUUAGGAGCUUUAGCAACAAAGCCAAAGAUGGUGCUCAAUACUAAGCUACUGGUGUUGCUUCUUGGGGUGUUUGUUCUCUCCACUUACUCAAAUGCUGAGUUUGAGUUUGAGGAGAUGAAAAAACCCCCAGGUCACAAGCCUCCAGUAUACAAACCACCUCCAAAGCAUAAGCCACCCCAUAAGAAACCACCACCUCAUGGUGGCCACCCUCCUAGUGAGGAAGAAAACACUCGGGAUGAGCUUCUCUAUAAGCCACCUCCAGUGCACAAGCCCCCAGUUAAGAAGCCACCAGUCAAGAAACCUCCUCAUGGCCACUACCCCGGUCACCCUCCGAGCAAAGAAGAUGACGAAGCCAAGGAGUCCCUCGCCUCCUACAAACCACCACCAAUGCAACGACCUCCGGUGAAGCCUCCCCCAAAGAAGCCGCCACCCCACUACAAGCCGCCCCCUUAUCACAAGCCACCAUACUAAGAGAACCAAUCACCAUGCAUCCAUGUCUAGUUUUCUGCCUAAGCCAGUGCAGCAAAUAAAAGUGUUUGUCUCUCCAAGUUAUUAAGCAGUAUUUAGAGUUUUAAGCCACUAGGUUUCUAUAUAGGUCAUUUUGAGCUUUGAAUAAGAGGAAACAAUGAUAAUGAUGUUGUUAUGGUCUUUGUGUUGUCCACCCUUGUAUGAAUAAGUAUAGUUUUGUAUGAGAACUUGUGUUGCAUUC